GCCAUGAGGCUCACUUACAACAGAGGGUCCGUCCUCCCAGAGACAGAGCGAAGGCAGGGAAACACGCCGAGGCACUGCUUCAACUAAAAGAAAAACAAGAAACGCCGCCACAACACUUUAAAUUGUCGUACCAGCAGCAGAAGCAGUCGUGAACGAUGAUGAACGGACAGAUGAAUGGUUUCCAUAACUCCCUCAUUGACGAGGACUGCUUCUUGUUCACGUCAGAGUCGGUCGGAGAAGGACAUCCCGACAAGAUCUGCGAUCAGAUUAGCGAUGCAGUCCUAGACGCCCAUCUGAAGCAGGAUCCCGAUGCCAAAGUUGCUUGUGAGACUGUUGCCAAGACUGGGAUGAUCCUGUUGGCAGGCGAGGUGACAUCUCGCGCCACUGUCGACUACCAGAAAGUUGUCCGUGACACCAUCCGCCAAAUUGGAUACGACGACUCCUCCAAAGGCUUCGACUAUAAGACCUGCAAUGUCCUUGUGGCCUUGGAGCAGCAGUCUCCUGAUAUUGCCCAGGGCGUUCAUGUCGACCGCAAUGAGGAGGACAUUGGAGCAGGUGACCAGGGUUUGAUGUUUGGAUAUGCCACCGAUGAGACUGAGGAAUGCAUGCCUCUCACAAUUGUCCUUGCCCACAAGCUGAAUGCUAAGAUGGCUGAACUGCGGCGCAAUGGCACCCUCCCAUGGCUCCGGCCAGACUCAAAGACGCAGGUUACUGUGCAGUACCGCCAGGACCGUGGUGCUAUGCUCCCAGUGCGCGUGCACACGAUUGUCGUCUCCGUUCAGCACGAUGAGGAUAUUUGCCUAGAGGAGAUGAGAGAUGCUCUGAAGGACAAAGUCAUCAAGGCAGUUGUUCCCUGCAUCUACUUGGACGAUGACACCAUCUACCACCUGCAGCCCAGUGGGCGUUUUGUCAUCGGGGGCCCACAGGGUGAUGCCGGCCUCACUGGACGUAAAAUCAUUGUGGACACUUACGGAGGCUGGGGAGCCCAUGGUGGUGGAGCCUUCUCUGGGAAGGACUACACAAAGGUGGACCGCUCUGCUGCUUACGCUGCACGCUGGGUGGCAAAGUCUCUGGUGAAGGCUGAGCUCUGCAAGAGAGUCUUGGUCCAGGUGUCCUAUGCCAUUGGAGUUGCCCACCCCCUCUCCAUUUCUAUCUUCCACUAUGGGACCUCCCACAAGAGUGAGAGGGAGCUGCUUGACAUUGUGAAGAAGAACUUUGAUCUCCGUCCAGGAGUCAUUGUCAGGGAGCUGGAUCUGAAGAAACCCUUGUAUCAGAGGACAGCAGCCUAUGGCCACUUUGGCCGAGACUCCUUCCCAUGGGAGGUGCCCAAAAAACUCAAAUACUAAACCUGUUAAGCUUUUCCCCCCAGGCCUGUUGGUGUAUACUACAGAGAAGCCUCCAGGGUUCAGGGGGUGAAAUGCCCUUGUCUCUCUAAUAUUGCUAUCAUUUACCAUGACUCCCUUCCUCACUCCUCCUCCUCCCUCCUUUGUCUUGUUACUGUUUUCUGCUGGUUGCAGUAUCAUGCUGGGUCCUUAGAGGCAUGCCUCGGAAACUUGAUGUUUGAAAGAACAGGAUCGGUUCAAUGAACUUAAGCCCCAUAGUGCUUCAUGUUGUCCUAUAUUUGAGGUUCCCCUGCUUCUUGUUAGACACAGAGUAGCUGCGUUCAGUUGUUUUCCCUUGGGCAUUCCACACUCGCUGAUGUUGUCUGUCUUCUAUUCAGUAUCAUGGCAGUAGCAUAUUAGGCAUUGUACGAUAGUCCUCUUUAAUUUACUGGUGCUACUGGUGUUAGUCUCAAUGUAGAAGCAUAAUUUGAUAGUUUGAGGGUCCUCUGAUCCAGCAUUGUCCUCCAGAAAAUUUUAGCUUUUUUUUUUUUAAACAUUCCUCCCGUGUCAGUGUGGUACAGUAAUUCCUCCACCAGGUGUUACUUUUUUUUUUUCUUUGAGUUAGCUGCUGUGUCCCCUCGUCUUUGUGGAGGAUGCUAGAAUGGCACAAUUAAAAUUCAAGGGUUGUUGCUGUUUUCACUAAAAAUGCUAUGCAUUGCAGGCUAUGGGGCUAGCCAAAUCAUAAUUCAAGCUCUCAAAUGAGCGUAACGCCUCAGAUGCCUCUGCAGACCGUUGCUGUAUUCUGACGUAAUACAGAAAAGUCAGAAGCUGCUAUGUCACUGCUCUGGUCUGCAGAGGUAUUGGUUCUACUUGACGGCCGUGGAAAUUUAAAUUGUUAUGCAUUGAAAAUCAAUUUUUAAAUUAAUCCUUUUUAAAUGUAGUUUCACUUUUUUAUGGUUUUGAGUGACUAAAGGCCCUAUUACUCCUUAAGUUUAUCGACUGCAGGUGUAGCUACAGAGAAACCUGUCUGUCUUUAUUCUUAAAGGGGGUGUGUUCUUUACCGCAGAGUCUUACUGGCUAGGAAUCAGACUUCAACACUAUUUAUUUGUUCUCUGAAUCUCGGCGUGGAUACAGAGAAGCCGAGUUUUCAGAAGGCAGCUUUAAAUCUUGAAUUCCUUUUGACUUGAUCUUUCAGUGUUUUGCUUGAGGCCCCAGAGUGUUGUACAGAAAAGCUUUGGUUGGCCUCAACAAGAAGUUGUCACUGGCUACUGUUAAUGGCUAUUUUACAACCUUUUUUUUUUACUUUUGGACUGCAGAUCUUAUUUUUCAGGUGGAUUAGUUUUAAGAUCCCUAUUUAAAAAAAAGUCUGGUGCAAUUCUAAGGCUUUGGCCUAUCCCCAAAAAUGUGAUGGCAACAUUUGGUUGGUGUGGUACAGAGAAACCAGCCUUGUUUACAUAACCAUCACAUGUGUGGGAUACAGUUGAUACAGUUUUGUUCCCCUUUACCUCCCAGAGUUCAUCCUGUUGGCUACAGUUAAGUGUAAGAGUGCCUUUUCUAUUUCCUCUACUCCCUUUUUGCUUUUCUCCCCUCCCACAUACAUGCGUUCAACUUCCAGAGGAACAAGUAGCUUAUACUGUAAUAUGCUUCAUGUCUAGGCUGGGUAGUGUCCUAAAUGCUCUGUAAUAAACUACUCCUUUCAAAA